GAGAGGCACUGGCAAGUCGCGCCUGGGAUGUACCAGACGGUGAAGAAAAUGCUGCAGGAGAUGAGGGAGGCUUAUGUCAUUCAGGAGAGCCAGAGCCCCUGGGCUGCUCCUUUGGUGCUUGUUAAAAAGAAGGAUGGAACCAUUCGAUUUUUUGUGGACUACAGGAAAUUGAAUGAUGUAACCCAUAAAGAUGCCUACCCUCUUCCUAGGAUAGAAGAGUCCCUCACUGCCUUGGGAUCCACAGCCUAUUUUUCUACACUAGACCUGACCAGUGGAUACUGGCAGGUACCCAUGGCCGAGGAAGAUCAGGAAAAGACUGCAUUUGUGAAUCCGAUGGGGCUCUUUGAAUUUAAAAGCAUGCCCUUUGGACUCUGCAAUGCAUCGUCAACCUUUCAACGUUUAAUGGAAAGAUGCCUUGGGCACCUGAACUUUCAAAGUGUUCUUCUUUACCUGGAUGAUGUCAUUGUCUACUCUCGGACAUACCAGGAACACCUGGACCAUCUCAGAGAAGUCUUCCAAGUCCUUAUACAACAUGGACUGAAGGUCAAGCCCUCCAAGUGCCAUUUAUUGAAGCCCAAACUCCACUACCUGGGACAUGUCAUCAGUGCCGAAGGAGUACAACCUGAUCCUGAUAAAGUGAGUGCUGUGAAAGAGUGGCCCACGCCUAGAACUGUACGUGACAUACGGAGUUUCUUGGGAUUUGCGGGCUAUUACAGACGGUUCAUCCAUCACUUCGCUCAAAUUGCUGGGCCUAUGACUGCUCUGUUACAGGGAGUUGCCAAGGAAAACUGCAAUGGAAGACUCCCGAUACAGUGGGAUGAAGAUCAAGAAAUAGCCUUCCGGGCCCUGAAGCACCUCCUUACUGAACCCCCCAUUCUAGCGUACCCUGACUACAGCCAGCCAUCUCGACUGUACACUGAUGCCAGCUUUGAAGGUUUGGGGGUCAUUCUAUCGCAGAUACAAUAUGGUAAAGAGAGAGUUAUAGCCUAUGCCAGCCUAUACCUACAGGACGCAGAAAAAAAUUAUGCUAACUAUAGCUCCUUCAAGCUAGAACUUCUUGCUUUGGUCUGGGUGGUCACUGAAAAAUUUAAGGACUAUUUGACGGCUACUCCUUUUACGGUCUACACCGAUAACAAUCCCUUGGCCCACCUGAAUACUGCCAAGCUGGGGGCCAUUGAACAACGCUGGGCCUCUAGAUUGGCCAACUACGACUUCAACAUCAAGUAUCAAAGUGGGAAGACCAAUGUCAAAGCGGAUGUACUCUCCCGUAUGGCUCCCGGUGAGGAACCACCCAUGGAACAUGUGUGGGAAGAUGUAGAGAUGCCACCCUUUUACCAGCGGUUCGUGAGUCAGAGUACCCUGACGGCUCAAGAAGAUGAUGACCCUGGGCCUCCUAAGGUUCCUGGAGAUCUGUUUUUUACCUGGAAGACCUUGCAAGAUGAGAGUCAGGUCAUGGGGGAUCUCUUGGACUAUCUAUUGCAGAAGAGAGUACCGACUAGGCUCCGCAAGGCGCAAGGGGACCUGGAGUUGAAGCGAUUGUGGCGAGAGAGGAAUCGCCUGUUCCUCCACAAGUGGCUGCUAUGCAGAAAUUCCUUGGAUCCGGUCUCAGGGGAAUGCCUGCAUCAGAUCUUAGUCCCUCGAAGGGACUCAGCCAUGGUUCUUAAUGCCUAUCGCGACCAGUCGGGACACUUUGGGGUCCACAAGACCGAGGCUACCAUCAGAAGAAGGUUCUACUGGGUGGGAAUGCGUGGAGAUAUUGAGAAGUGGUGUGCCGAAUGCACCAUCUGCAACGUCACUAAGAAUCCUCGCAAGGGCGCAAGAGCACCUCUACACCACAUUCAUACCAAGAGGCCUAAUCAACUGGUUGCUCUAGACCACGUGAAGUUAUCCCCUACCCGAUCAGGAUAUACCUAUGCCCUGACCAUGGUGGACCAUUAUUCUAAGUGGGUGGUUGUUGUACCCGUCAAGGAUCUUACUGCCAGAACAGCUGCUCAAGUUUUCUACAGCCAAUGGGUCGAAACCUUGAGAUGUCCUGAAUCGGUCCUCACUGAUCGAGGGACUGCGUUCGAGGCUCAGGCAGCAUCUGUGUCAAAACACGAAGAGUGGCCCCGACUUCUGCCUGAACUGUUGGAGAUCUACAACAAUACUAUCCACUGCUCUACAGGAUACACUCCUUUCUUCCUCAUGACGGGCCAACAUGGCCAACUGCCCAAGGAUAGAGCCUUCGGGUUACAAGCGCCUUUCAACAAUUCCCCUCAGGCCUCUCAAGAUUGGGUUUAUGAGCAUCGAAGGAGGAUUGAAGAAGCUAAGGAUAUUGUAGAAAAGAAAAUGGGCGAGGCCCAGCGCAGGCAGCAAAAGGAUUACAAUCCGCAUGCCUCCGCUCAGCCACUGCAGCUUAGAGACGAAGUGUGGCUCAGAAAAUUCCCUCGCUCACAUAAGCUGGAUUCUCUGUGGGAGAUGGAGCCUUACACUGUCAUGGCAAUGCCAUAUCCUGACACGGAUGUUUACGAAUUACAGAAGGAAGGGUUUCAACCACAAGUGGUCCACCGAAAUAGGAUAAGAUUGUGUGUGAAGGACGACUUGCCAGAGCCGCCUCCUCCUGCUUCCCCAGAAGCAAGGCCAAUGAGAGAAUAUUUUCCAAGAGAGGGAAUCCAUCCUACAAUAGACGUUCCGCUGUUCUCCCCUCAUCAGCCUGCAAUGAUCUAUGGCGAAGGCAAGAUGGAAGAUUAUGUGAAAACACUGAUUAUUGUGGUGGCUGCAGUGACUGCAGUAUUAUCGUGGGGUUUUACUUGUUGUAUAGUGGCUGUUUGUAUCCGAAAUAAAAGGAAAGCUCAAAGAGACAAUGCUGACCUACGGGAAAUAAUUGUCCAUAAGAUCCCAGCCAGCAAAUCUGACCAAAUUUUGGACAGAUCAAUGGAACAUGAAGCUGUCCAACCAUACAACAUGCCUAUACCUACACCAAGGCGAUCUCCGGAGAAACUCACCAAAAAACAGAGAGAAAUCCUGGAGAGUAAGGAAAGGCCGAUAACUGAUGACAUCAUAGACGCUUCCCAGAGGAUCCUCCAAACACAAUUUGCGUCAAAUGGACUGCAAUCCUGUUGGGGGGCAAUACGAGGAUUUCUACCAGCGUUUGGCCCUUCCGUCCAAAUGGUUCUUCAGAGACUUCGUGAUAAUCAACUCUAUGCCAAAAUAGAGAAAUGUCUGUUUGAAUGCCAAUCUCUUCCUUUUCUAGGAUACUUGGUCUCUGGCCAGGGACUACAAAUGGACCCAGAUAAACUCUCUGCCGUCUUAGAUUGGCCACGCCCCUCCGGACUCCGUGCCAUCCAACGUUUUUUGGGGUUCGCCAAUUAUUACAGGCAAUUUAUUCCACAUUUUUCUACCAUUGUGGCUCCUAUUGUGGCUUUAACAAAAAAAAAUGCCGAUCCCAAGUCUUGGCCUCCUCAAGCGGAAGACGCCUUUAAACGACUCAAGUCUGCCUUUUCUUCGGCUCCCGUGCUCUCCAGACCUGACCCAUCUAAACCCUUCCUAUUGGAGGUUGAUGCCUCCUCAGUGGGAGCUGGAGCUGUCCUUCUACAAAAAAACUCUUCCGGGCAUGCUGUUACUUGUGGUUUUUUCUCCAGGACCUUCUCUCCGGCGGAGAGGAACUACUCCAUCGGGGAUCGAGAGCUUCUAGCCAUUAAAUUAGCACUUGAGGAAUGGAGGCAUCUGCUGGAGGGAUCAAGAUUUCCAGUUAUUAUUUACACCGAUCACAAGAACCUCUCCUACCUCCAGUCUGCCCAACGGCUGAAUCCUCGUCAGGCCAGGUGGUCUCUGUUCUUUGCCCGAUUUAAUUUUGAAAUUCACAUUUAUAGAACACUUUCACAUGCAGGGGAGAGGCAGCUAAAGCAGAUUUACAGUUCUGUUGCUCAUGAUCCCCUAAAAGUGGUGACAUUUCUGGAUGUGGAACGGCAGCCAAACAACCUUGACUGUGGACUAUAUGCAAUAGCCAAUGCAGUUGAGCUUCUAAUUGAAACUGGAAAUCCAUCAUAUACAUAUGAUAACAGCAAAAUGAGAGCCCAUCUAGCCCUCUGUAUAGAGAGAGGGUUCUUCAGCCCCUUCCCCAAGGAAGAAAUCCUUCCCAGCGACAUGACCCGCAGGCCUGAGGAUGCUGAAGAGCCCAUCUGCACUGAGUAG